GACAGCGCAAUCAAAUCCGAGAAGGAAGGAAGCCACAUCUGAAGUUCUGAACCCCAAUCCAGUCUCCCCCUUCAGCGCCAUGGCUCUCUCCUCCCUCUCCAUGUCCCUCCCCCUCGCGAAGCUGCCCUCGACCUCCAAAUCCAGUCGCUUCCUGCCCAUCCGCGCCUCCUCCUCUGCCGCCGCCGCCGCCUCCCCGUCCUUUGAUUUGCGCCGUUACUGGACAUCCCUGAUCGCCGAUGUGGAGGCCGAGCUCGACGCCGCGAUGCCCAUCCGCCCGCCGGAGAGCAUCCACUCCGCCAUGCGCUACGCCGUCCUCCCGGGCGCCGGCAACGAGGGCACCGCGAAGCGCGCGCCCCCGGUUCUCUGCGUCGCCGCAUGCGAGCUCCUCGGCGCGCCGCGCGCGGCCGCGCUCCCGGCAGCCGUCGCCCUCGAGAUGCUCCACGCGGCGUCGCUUGUGCACGACGACCUCCCCUGCUUCGACGCCGCGCCCACUCGCCGCGGGCGCCCAUCCACCCACGCCGCCUACGGCACCGACAUGGCCGUCCUAGCCGGGGACGCGCUCUUCCCCCUCGCCUACACCCAUGUCAUCUCCCACACCCCCUCCCCCGACCCCGUACCCCAUGCAGUCCUCCUCCGCGUCCUCGGGGAACUAGCGCGCGCCGUGGGAUCCACAGGGAUGGCAGCCGGCCAAUUCCUCGACCUCGCCGGCGCCACCGCCCUCGGUGAGGCCGAGGUCAUGCAUGUCCUGAUGAAGAAAUUCGGCGAGAUGGCGGAGUGCUCCGCUGCCUGCGGCGCCAUGCUGGGUGGCGCCGGUCCCGACGAGGAGGCCGCUCUGCGGCGCUAUGGCCGCACCAUCGGCGUCCUCUACGAGCUAGUCGACGACAUCCGGAGCGCGUCGGGGAACGGCAAGAUGAGGAGCAAUGCCAGCGUCCUGCGCGCUCUUGGCAUGGAUCGUGCGCUCGGCAUCGUGGAGGAGCUCAAAGCUCAGGCCAAGACAGAGGCUGACAGGUUCGGCGACAAGUACGGCGAUCGGGUGCUUCCCUUAUACAGUUUUGUGGACUACGCGGUGGAGAGGGGAUUUGAGCUGCAGGAUGCGGUUGCGACGCCGUAAGCGCGGACCAACCUUGAUGCUACCGGAUAUUUGAAGUUUUGGACAGGUGGUUAUAUAUGGAGUUAUAUGGUGCUGAAAUUUGGUGAGCAAUUUUCAAUCUGAAAAUUUAAAUUCCUAGGAGAAAGUUGAGAUUGCGCCAUCGUCUUCUAGUGCAGAUGUCUAGAUACUUGAUCCUGCUGCAGUUGUGAGCUUUAGUUAGUUGCUGAAAUAAGAUGAUGUGAUUAAUUGAAGACUUCCUAUUAUAAAAUACCACAAUUGCUAUGUGCUUGCUGCUUAAUAUAUUCUGAUGAUCAAAAUU